AUCACAACUGAACACCGCUCACUCUCUUUUUCUGCUUAUUCUCUCUUCUCUUCUUUCUCUUUGCUUACUAAGAACAAACACCCCUUCCCCCCAGCUCCCGAAUCUUCAUUCACUUCUCUCUGCUUUUUCUUUUGUUUUUGCUUUGGCCACCAACUCCGGGAAAAAGCUACAAAACCACGUUUUUUGUUUUUUUAACAACUUUUACCAUUUCAAUUAUCAAGAACCUUUCUGUUUUCCCUCAACUUCCCUCUGUUUUUGGUUGAGUUCUUCUUCAUCUCACUUCAAGUUUUCUCGUUUUAGUGCGUUGAAGUUUUAUCUGGGUUGUGCUUUGUCUCUUGCUUUACUCGUGAUUUUGUGUGUUUUUGGGCGGUGGUAGUGGCCUAGGGUUUAUGUUUUUUUUUUUUAACAAAACUGAGGUGUUUUUAAAAGAAUUUUUCUCUAUUCCUUCUCGAAUUUUCCUGUAUUCCUCCUCGAAUUUUCCUUGAUUUUUGGAAAGUUUAGCUUUUUUUAGAUUCCUCAAUUGAUGCUUGUGUGAAAAAAGUUUGCUUGGAUUCCAAACAAAUGCCUUGGUGAUUUGAUGCUUCUCUGGUCAUAAAAACCUCCACUUCUCUGCAUUUUCUAUCUGGGUUUUCUCUCUCUUUGAACAUUGAAUUCAAAGAGAGAGAAACUGGGCUAGGAUUCAGUCCACUAGUACAGUUCAAUAAACCAAAAACAAAUGAAUCGAGGAGUAGAAGUUCUAUCUCCAGCCUCAUAUCUCCAGAACUCAAACUGGUUGUUUCAAGAAAGCAAGGCAACGAGAUGGACUCGACAAGAGAACAAACUGUUUGAGAAUGCUCUGGCUUUGUAUGAUAAAGAUACUCCUGAUCGAUGGAUUAAGGUAGCAGAAAUGAUUCCAGGCAAGACAGUCGGUGAUGUCAUCAGACAAUACAAGGAAUUGGAAGAGGAUGUUAGUGAUAUUGAAGCAGGUUUAAUUCCAAUUCCUGGCUAUUGUAAUGAUUCUUUCACUUUGGAGUGGGCUAAUGGUAAUCAAGAAUUCGAUGGAUUGAAGCAAUUUUAUAGUCCUGGUGGGAAGAGAGGCACCGGAACUCGGCCUUCUGAUCAAGAAAGAAAGAAAGGGGUUCCAUGGACAGAAGAAGAACACAGGCAAUUUCUAAUGGGUCUUAAAAAGUUUGGAAAAGGGGACUGGAGAAAUAUCUCCCGCAAUUUUGUGACCACUAGAACACCAACUCAGGUUGCAAGUCAUGCUCAAAAGUACUUCAAUAGGCAGCUUACUGGAGGGAAGGAUAAGAGGAGAUCUAGCAUUCAUGAUAUUACUACUGUCAAUUUGGAAGACACGGCAUCUCCUUCUCCAGAAAAUAGUAAAUCUUCAUCUACAAAUUCUUCUACUGCUGUCGUUCAGCUGCAGCAGCAACCAAAGUUAACUAGCAUAAGAAAUGAGCACUUCGAUUGGAAACCACCAAAUGAAGGAGCAGCCAUGGUUUUCAACCCAACAAAUAGCAACGGGUUCAUGCCCCCUUUCUGUGGGAUAUCUUCGUAUGCACCUAAGUGGCAGGAGCAAAAUCUGCUUGGUGGAACUCUUCAUGGAUCUCAGUUUGACGUUUACAACACGUUUUAUCAGAUGCAGUCAAUGCAACAUCAGUAAUUCAUAGAUAAUAUGGAGUUCUAAGGAUAUUUAUUUGCCAAUUCUUAGUCAGUGUCAGUGAUCUCAGAUUACUCUGUCCAUGCAAUAUCUUGGUUCUAUGUGAAUAUGUCGAUGAAGCGUGGAACGAGUCCAUGAAGAAAUCAGUUAGAUUGUGCUAUGAUUUGCUAUUGGAGAACUGGACCAUUGAACCAUAAGAGUAGCCUAUUUACAAGAAGCUUGAGCUUUUGUUCUUGUGCACUGGUUAUUUCCUUGCAGUAUUUGUUGGUCAUCAGAAGGCAUUCUUGUAUUGAGUUUGUUUGUAUUAUGAAUAUUUCCAUUUACGUAAGAGCCAUGUACUAGAUGAUCUAGAUGCUGAAAUGAUUAAAAGUAGAUGAUACAGUCUCCAACCAUUCUGAGUAGCUUCAUGUAAAUUACACAACUCCCAAGUUUGCAUGGUUGAUAUAAUAAAGGCAUCUGUGAGAAUAAUAUCAUCUGGGUUGGAUUAUAAUCUUUAGGAUAUUUUAGGCAAGCAGAAUUUUCCUUUUUCUUUCCCCGUUAAAAUCUUUGUUGGUGAUGAAUUUUGUGAAGCAUUUGAACCAGGAUCCCGCAAAACUGCAUAUCCAUCUCUCAGUUGAAAUAUAU